CUUUCUGCUCGGGAUUAUCGCGUUUGGCUUUUAGGAUCGCGGCUGGAGUAUGAUUCACAGACAGCUCGUGCUGUCCCAGGGUUUGAUGUGCUUUGAGUCGCUGAAUCAUAAUGCUGCUACACCUGUGUAGUGUAAAGAACCUGUACCAGAGCAGGUUUCUGGGUCUGGCGGCCAUGGCCUCGCCGUCACGGAGCUCCCAGAGCCGGCGGCGGUGUAAGAGCGAGACACGCUUCAGCUCGGCUCGAUCCACCAGCGACACGGACCUGGUGUCCUUACAGAGCCGCUCCACCCUGAGCGCCAGCACCUCGCUCUACUGCAUCGGUCAAUCAGAAGACAUGGUCAUCUGCUGGGACGUCAGAGAGGAGGUGGACGCCGGCGACUGGAUCGGCAUGUACCUCAUCGACGAGGUUCUGUCAGAAAACUUUCUGGACUAUAAGAGUCGUGGCGUGAGCGGCUCCCACAAAGGCCAGAUCGUGUGGAGAAUCGAUGCCAGCUUGUACUUCAUGGAGGCUGAGACCAAGGUUUGCUUCAAAUAUUAUCAUGGUUUGAGUGGAGCGCUUAGAGCCACGACACCGAGCGUGACGGUGCGAAACCCCUCUGCCAAUGCGCUGAAGCCUGUCAUCAGUCAGGAGCUUCCUCAGACUCUGGGCAGCAGGAGGCUCAUCAGCUUCUCUCUGUCAGACAUUCAGGCAGUCAGUCUGAAGAAGGGAAUGUUCUUCAAUCCUGACCCGUAUCUGAAAAUCGCCAUCCAGCCUGGAAAGCACAGCAUCUUCCCUGCGCUGCCUCAUCACGGUCAGGAGAAACGGUCAGGCAUCAUCUGCAACACGGUCAACCCCGUCUGGAAGAGAGAGCGAUUUAACUUUGUGUCCCUGCCGACGGACGUUUUGGAGAUAGAGGUUAAAGAUAAAUUUGCCAAGAGCAGACCCAUCAUCAAACGCUUCCUGGGAAAGUUAGUUGUGCCUGUACAGAGGCUGCUGGAGAAACAUGCUAUCGGGGACCGUGUGGUGAGUUACACUUUAGGCCGACGGCUUCCAACAGAUCAUGUCAGCGGCCAGCUGCAGUUUCGUUUUGAGAUAACUUCAUCAAUUCAUCCAGAUGAUGAGGAGGUGUCCCUCAAUGCAAUGCCAGUCUUUGAUACGACACCUGACCAGCAGCCUGAGCAGGAGCUCAACGAGGACCUACCACCUGCUUCUGAUCUGCCUCUGGAGGACGCAUUGAGUUUGGGUCCUGACAUGCUGGAGCUGCCUGCAGAAAGUCCUCCAGAGGUAGAGACCCAGGAUGCCAUGCUGCUUACCUCUCUAGCUGAGCCCAGUAAGGAUACCCAACCAGAAGCAGAAGGAUCAGCUGAUGAGCUUGUAACAGCUCGAGGAGAGACACUACUGAGUGAUGCCACUCAAGGAGAAACUGCGGAGCAAGACCCUGGAAAAACAGAGUCCGAGGAGAUGCAGGAGGAAACGGUGGUGGAGACUCUUUUAGAGGUCCUGGAGAACCAUGAAGCUGAAGACACGGGUAGACCAACUGGAAUGGGACCUACUGGAGAGCAUGCAGAGGUUGAGGGAGGCACAAGCUCAGAGCAGGUUGACAUGAGGGUGGAAAGAGAUGGGAAUGAUGAAGAACCCUGCUCGCCAAGGAUGCGAACUGCCUUGAAGCGCAAGAGCCGUCCCUGUUCACUUCCCGUGUCUGAGUUAGAGACAGUCAUCACCUCGGCCUGUGAGGAACCAGAGACGCCACGUUCUCACUACAUCCGCAUUCAUCAUCUGCUGCACAGCUUGCCAUCAGCUCAGUGCCACAAUGACAGCCAAGAUGAAGACGAGGUACUUGACCCAGAAUCUUCUGAGGAAAUCACUGUGAAACCCCAAGAGGACAAAGAGGAAGAAGACGAGGUGUCUGAAGCACAGUCUCCAUCCAUCGUGCCCGAGUGUCCUAGACCUUGUUGCAGGCGUACCCUACCACGUAGCCUCUCCAUCGAGCGCCUGUCCGAACUCAACCAACUUUUGGAGUGCGAAAGACCCUCACCUUCCACCCUCCGACUGGAAAGCGAACACGUGGAAGUGGGUGGUGGAGGCGUAAACAGAAGGGAACCUCGAGAGAGUGAGUGCGAACUGUGUGACAAUUCCUGCUACAGCACUUCCUGUUACAGCACGUCCUGUUACAGCACUUCCUGUUACAGUAACUCAGGUUACGAGGGGCGUAAUCACCUUUGCAGCCAUACGCACCUCUCUUCGGUUGACAGCACCCGCCUGUCGGAGAGCACAGUUUUCUCCUCGCAGGAGGAAGAGGAGGAGGAGAACAGCGCUUUUGAGUCGGUCUCGGACUCCAUGCAGAGUCCAGAUAUAAGGGAGCCAGGAGACGGGUUGGUUCAUUGGAGGGAGUCGUUGUCAGAAGAAAGUCCCCAGAGAGAAGGGGAGGUGGAGAUGUCACCAGUACCUGGGUCUAGUUUUAGGUCAUCAGACUGGGAGGCCAGGAUAGACAGUCACGGCCGUGUUUUCUACGUGGAUCAUGUGAACCGCACCACCACGUGGCAGAGGCCCAGCCAUGCAGCCAAAUGCAGCGGCAUCCGGAGAUCCAAUAUUUCACAAUAUUUUAAAGCACAUAACAGGUAUCAGAACAUCCAGAGGACGAUGGCCACAGAAGAUGAACCGGCUGCUCGUGUAUCUGAGAGAAACAGCGGAGGAGACACAGAUAGUGAAUCCACACCACAAGCUGCAGAUCAGCGAAGGGAAGGUCCUUCAUCUCCUGUGAAUAAUCAGAGCGUCACGCUGCUGCUCCAGUCUCCAGCCGUGAAGUUUGUGGCGCACCCAGAAUUCUUCACUGUCCUCCAUGCUAACUACGGUGCGUAUCGGAUGUUUACUAACAGUACCUGCCUGAAGCACAUGAUUCUGAAAAUACGGCGAGAUGCUCUCAACUUUGAGCGAUAUCAACACAACCGCGACUUCGUCACUUUCCUCAACAAAUUCGCCGAUACUCAGCUGGAGCUCCCGAGAGGCUGGGAGAUCAAGACAGACCCGCAGGGCAAGUCGUUCUUUGUGGACCACAACAGUCGUGCGACGACCUUCAUCGACCCCAGGAUUCCCCUUCAGAACGGACGUCUGCCGAAUCACCUCACACACAGACAACACUUACAGAGACUGCGCAGCUACAGCGCCGGAGAGGCAUCAGAAGUGUCCCGAAACAGAGGAGCGUCUCUGCUCAGCAGACCUGGAAACGGUUUAAUAUCAGCUGUCAGGAAUCAAUACCAGCCCGAUUCAGUGCCUCUAGCUUACAAUGAUAAAAUUGUGGCUUUCCUGCGGCAACCGAACAUACUGGACCUGCUGCAGGAACGACAGCCGAGUCUCGCCAGGAAUCACACACUCAGGGAGAAAAUCCAUUACAUCAGAACUGAAGGUCCUCAGGGCGUUGAAAAGCUGUCCUGUGACGCAGACCUGGUCAUGCUGUUAAGUCUUUUUGAUGAGGAGAUCAUGUCGUAUAUUCCAUCUCACUCUUUCCACCCCGGCCUCAGCUUCUCUCCACGCUGCUCUCCCGGAUCCUCGCCUCAGAGUUCACCGGGCUUGCAGAGGGCCAGAGCGCCUGCUCCGUACCGCAGAGACUUUGAGGCAAAGCUUCGCAAUUUUUACAGGAAGCUGGAGGCUAAAGGCUACGGCCAGGGACCAGGAAAAAUCAAGCUCAUCAUCAGAAGGGAACAUCUACUGGAGGGCACCUUUAAUCAAGUAAUGGCCUACUCACGCAAAGAGCUCCAGAGAAACAAGCUCUUCAUCACCUUUGUAGGAGAGGAAGGUUUGGAUUACAGCGGCCCAUCGCGGGAGUUCUUCUUCCUGUUGUCUCAGGAGCUGUUUAACCCCUACUACGGUCUGUUUGAGUACUCAGCCAAUGACACGUAUACGGUGCAGAUCAGCCCCAUGUCUGCAUUUGUAGAGAACCAUUUGGAAUGGUUCCGUUUCAGUGGCCGUAUUUUGGGUCUGGCUCUGAUCCACCAGUAUCUGUUGGAUGCUUUCUUCACUCGACCGUUCUACAAGGCCCUGAUCAGACUAGUGACAGAUCUGAGUGAUUUGGAAUACCUGGAUGAGGAGUUCCACCAGAGCUUACAGUGGAUGAAGGACAACGAUAUCACGGAUAUCCUGGAUCUGACUUUUACAGUCAAUGAGGAGGUCUUCGGACAGGUGAUAGAGAGGGAACUGAAGUCGGGAGGCUCCAAUAUCCAAGUGACGGAGAAGAACAAGAAGGAAUACAUUGAGCGCAUGGCUAGAUGGAGGGUGGAGAGGGGGGUUAUGCAGCAGACCGAAGCCCUUGUAAGAGGCUUCUAUGAGGUUGUAGACUCCCGCCUGGUUUCAGUGUUCGAUGCUCGUGAGCUGGAGUUGGUCAUUGCAGGGACGGCCGAGAUCGAUUUGAACGACUGGAGAUCCAACACAGAAUAUAGAGGAGGUUACCAUGAUGGGCACGUUGUGAUUCGUAGUUUCUGGGAUGCGGUGGAGCGCUUCAAUAAUGAGCAGAGGUUGCGCUUGCUGCAGUUCGUGACGGGAACGUCCAGUGUCCCCUACGAGGGUUUCGCAGCGCUCCGUGGGAGCAACGGCCUGCGGCGCUUCUGCAUUGAAAAGUGGGGAAAGAUUACCUCUCUACCAAGGGCGCACACAUGCUUCAACCGUCUGGAUCUGCCUCCCUAUCCGUCGUACCCUGUGCUGUAUGAGAAACUUCUCACCGCUGUGGAGGAGACCAGCACCUUUGGUCUGGAGUGAAGAAGUGAGACUUGAUUUUAAAAUUUUUUUUUUACUGCGAAAACAUUUUCAAUAACUCAGUCCAUGAGAGACUUUUUAAACUUCAUCUGAGAAUUUUGUUUAAAAUAACUUGAAAUAGCAUGUUUCUGCACUAAAAUCUAAGCUAUGUAGUACUUUGUGGGAGUGUGGGGUCAGAAGCAUCAUGUAUGCAAUAGUGAAAACCUUGCAUCCUACUCAUGUUUGUCCUUGGCAUCAUCCUAUUGGUUAGGCAUCAGUACAUCUCCUUUCUGAUUGGAUAUUCCCUAAAAAUGUGGUAAAGUGUGAUUUUCAACACCUGGCUAUGUUUGAAACGGAAUACUAACAUAUUGCUUACUGAAUAUUGCACAGUAUAUACUGUACUUAAUACUGCCCACAUUUAAAGUUCUGUAGUAUGUGAACCAUAUGCAACAAAUAAACACUUCCAAGUGCAGUAUGCAAUGUAGUUGUCACACGACCUCGUUACACUGCAUGUUUAAAAAUUAUGUGUCGCCCACUUUUCAUAUCAGAAAUAAAAGUUGUUUUGCAUUUUAAUGUGUGAAUGUUCACAUAAUAAGUCUAGUUUUGGUAUUGCAUUAAGUAGGCACAUUGCAUUAUGGGAUACAAUAGUCUAGAUAUGUAAAACAUCAUCUAGGUGUUGUGUGCAUACAGAUAACAUUUAUGCUGUGCAUGUUAUGGAUACUGCAUAAAUAGUAUGAAUAGUAUGCUAGUAUGCUAUUCUGAACAUAACCCCUGAGCAAACCUGAGUUUAGGAGGGAUACAUUAACAGCACAUUUUCAUUUUUGGGUGAACUGUCCCUUUAAAUCAAAAUAAAAAAUGUUUAAUAAUUUCAUGCUCAUUUCAUCGGCUGAACUCCAAACCACAGCAACUGUUUGCCUUUACAUGAUUCCGAUGAACUGUUUCGCCUGAUUUAAUCACAUGGCUCAAAUACUGUUGAAAAUGUCAUUAAAAACGGAUUAUGUUUUUGGAGCAGAAAUGGUUCAACUCAAGUUUGUCACCUCACUCUCAAUAAUAUGAGCUCAAGCUUUAGAUAGGAAGCACACUUGGAAGCUCACUUGAUAGUGAUGUAAGCCACUUCAUUGUGUAACCAAAUUAGUGACACUAACACUGAGCUCAUCAGAACUUUCUGCCAGCAGCGUCCAUGUGGCUACGUUAUAAAUAACUCUCUAACUGUUUAAACAAUGCUUCUUAAAGCCAAAGCUGUUUUAGGUCACAGGGAUGAGCUGCAUUUAAUAAUGACACUGGCAAUGGCAUGAUAUUGGAUUCAUUCCUAGAUUGGCAUAAGUCCUCUUUUUCCCAGACAUGUCCUGGACGGAUUUUUUUAAAUUGCCUACAAUGUCUGGGUUUUGGCUUUAUUUUCCUAUUGACAAUCUCUCUACAGUCCUCAUACAUUAUAUGUUAUAUUGCAUUGCUUUGACUGUUGUCUGUAGAUCCCGCCUUCUCGCACACCACGAUUGGUUGAUACGUGCAAUGCCUGCAUGCUAUUGGUCAAACCACUUUUCAGUCAUUGCCUUCAGCAAGUGUGAAACAAAUAUGAAAACAAAGCCAAAAUGGACAUUUAAGGCAAUUUAGAAGUCAAGGGGGGG